AUUUUCAGAAUGUCAAUAGACGAGAAAUUCUGGGCUGCAGCAAAUAUCGUACAAAAAAUGCCGAAAACUGGUCCAGUAGUGCCGACGAAUGAUGAGAAGCUUCUGUUCUAUUCGCUGUACAAACAAGCAACAGAGGGUACUAAUAAGACGGCACAACCAGGUUUCCUGAAUUUUGUCGACAGAGCAAAAUGGGAAGCAUGGAGAAAACUAGGUGAAAUGUCGUCAGAUGAAGCAAAAAAGAAGUAUAUUAGUUUGGUGAAGGAAAUUGUUGAUAAGAUGUCGAAAGUAAUGGAUGUGAACGAAUGGCUUCAGAAAAUUGAUCCCACAUUGCCGGAGAAGCUUACCUUAAUUAUGGCAGAAUAAUUAUAUUUACAAUUGAUAACUUAUAUUACCAUUGUAUAAAGUUUCCUGGUCAAUAAGAAGCUAACACCAAAUUGUUUUUGAUGGUGGAAGAGGCG